AUGUCGGCACUUUCAGAUGAAGAAGAUAUUGAAUUAUUCAAAGGAUUUGGUGCUGAGGAACCUAAUCAUAGAAACCAAUUAAGAACAAAGAAAAGGUGGUCAUUCAAUAACCCCGCCGCUCGUCCAGAUUUCUCUGGGUUGGCAAAUGAUGGCACAGUGCAACCGCCUAAAAGAGCUCCUGGUAGAAGAAUGAGUGACAUCACUGGGAUUGAUAGUAUUCAUAAACCAAUAGAUCCAUUCAGUGAAUUAGGUGGAGCCCAGUUAUAUCUGACCGAAUCUGGAAGAUUGUUUCAUGCGGGACAAAUUAUUAUCAUCUUGACAGGUUUGCCUGGUAGAGGAAAAACUCAUUUGUCAGUUUCUUUAACUAGAUAUUUAAGAUGGCUUGGUGUCAAUACCUUUCCUUUCCAUUUGGGUAAUUAUAGACGUGCUAAUGCUGUCGAUGACGUUACUCAUGAUUUAUUUGUCCCAUCACCUAAAUCAGCUAAAGUUAAUGAAUUGAGACAAAAGAUGGUUAAUGAAUGUCUUCAAGAUAUUGAAAACUUUUUCAAUAAUGAUGGUGGUCAAAUUGCCAUUUACGAUGCUGUCAAUGCCAAACCGGAAUAUCGAUUAGAAUUGCAAAAGAAGUUCCGUGCAAUGGGUGUUCAAGUGUUGUUUAUUGAAAGUUUGGUUACUGAUGACAAAAUAGUUAUGAAGAAUAUCCAUGAAGCUGCCAAGUCCUCACCAGAUUAUGAAAAUUGGGAUUAUGAUAAGGCAUACAAAGAUUAUAGUGACAGAAUUAAUGCCCUUGGUCCAUUUUAUGAAAACAUGGGAGGUCCAGAGGAAGAACAUUUAUCUUAUAUUAAAUUUAUUAAUUUUGGUGAAAGGCUUGAGUUGCACAAUACAAAUUAUGGUUACUUGAUAAACAAAGUUGUAUUUUAUUUGAUGAAUGGUAAAAUCAAAUCCGGAUCUUUAUUCUUAGCAAGAUGUUAUAAAAACUACUUAGACUAUAACCAAGAUCCACCAUUGGAUGCUGAUGGUUUGAAGUAUGCAAGAAACUUAACUCAGACGUUAGUUGACCAUUUGAAAAGUUCUGGAAGAGACUAUAUCGAUAAGCUGAAAGAUGAUAGUGAGAGUCAAACAUUACAAGUAUGGACAUCGGUGAAGCAAAGAACAGUUGAAACCACUCAAUUUUUAGCCAAAAAGAAUGUCAAUAUUAGAAAUAGAAUCCAAUUAUCACAAAAGAACCCAGGGCUUACUAGUGGAUUAACUUACGAUGAAAUUAGAGAAAAAUUCCCAUUGGAAUCUGUCCAGUAUGAUCAUGAUCCAUAUCAUUACCGUUAUCCAAGAGCCGAGUCUUAUCAUGACUUGGCCAUUAAGGUUGAACCUUUGAUCUUGGAGAUGGAAAGAAUGAGCGGUGAUUUAUUGAUUAUUGCCGAUGAAACUGUUUUGCGUGUUUUCUAUGGAUAUUUAAUGUCAUGCUCAAGUUAUGAGAUUGCCACUCUAGAUUUCAAGACAGAUGAAAUCAUUGAAGUCAAGUUUAAUGCAUAUUCAAACGCAGCAACCAAAAUUAAAAUUAAAGACUAUUACAAUACCGCCUAA